AUGUCAUCAGAACUGGACGAAAUGACUGAAGAUGGCGACGAGGAAGUUAUGACUGCAGGAGAAGUCCUGGAAAAACUGGAAGAGGCAUGGUUAAAUGAGAAAUUUUCACCUGAGAUAUUGGAAAGUAAAAGUGAUCUAGUAGAAUGUAUGUUAGAACAGAUAACAGCAAUGGAAGAAAAUAUACAGCGGGCCAAGAAAGGGGAUUUUAAAGUCAGUAUACAUCGCAUGGAGAUUGAUAGAAUAAGAUAUGUUUUAAGUAGUUAUCUAAGGAUUCGAUUAAAAAAGAUAGAGAAUUUUACAGCCCAUAUUUUACACCAAGAAUGUAAUAGAAAGGAUGAGGAUUCUCCAUUGUUGUCACCUGAAGAAUUUAAAUUUGCUAAGGAAUAUCAGAACAGUAUUGAAGGCCAUUUUUCAACCCUGGCACUAAGACACAUGCCAGCCAACUCCCAGACCCUAGAUCCUAAACUUACAGUAAUAAAGUCCAACCUAGAUAGUUAUGUAUUUCUGCAGGUGAAUGAAGAAACUCAAGGUAUUUUGAUUGAAGAGGAAACAUUGGAAACAGGGGAGGAGAUAGUUGACUUGGAGAAAAAUGAUCAACACAUUAUGAGAUAUAGACCUUUAGCACCACAUGUUAAUUCUGGAGCAGUAUCCCUUAUUUAG